UGCUCUUCCAUGGUGGCUCACACGCAGUGUGGACGCAAGCGGUGAUACUUACCAUUGUGAUUAGGAAUACCCGAUGUGAUGGCGCUACACUCUUCGCUAAUUGUAAUCAUCCAAGAUUAAUGAAGGACCUAUAGUAUCUUGUUACCUUCAGCAAGUCUCUACCACGUGGUGCAUCGACCUUCUGACGUACACAGUGGGGACCGUCAAUAAUAGUACCCCCCUUCAUAAGGUCCUUGCUAUGCUUAAUGCCCUUACCACAGUGCUUGGCACGGAGAAGGCACUCUGGGUCGCUGCUAUUACGGUACCAUGCUUAAUAGGCAGGCCCUGUGCGGCGGCUUCCCCACUCGCCUCGCAUCAUCUGAAUGCCUGGGGUGCUGGACUCUGACAGCCUCCUCUCUUCCUCUCUUUUCCCGGGGUCUGCUCGGGGCCUCUCCCAGGACAUCCAGGCCCGCUCAGCCGCCUGGAAGGCUGAUGGCGUGCGCUCCACCGAGGCUGGCAGCCGGCCUGGGAACACAAAGAAAAACCGCUAUAAAGAUGUGCUACCAUACGAUCAGACACGAGUGAUCCUCUCCCUGCUCCAGGAGGGACACGGUGACUACAUCAAUGGCAACUUCAUUCGGGGCGCAGAUGGAAGCCAGGCCUACAUCGCCACCCAAGGACCCCUGCCUCACACCCUGCUAGACUUCUGGCGACUUGUCUGGGAGUUUGGGGUCAAGGUGAUCCUGAUGGCCUGUCGAGAGACAGAAAAUGGGCGGAAAAGGUGUGAACGGUACUGGGCCCAGGAGCAGGAGCCACUGCACAUCGGACUUUUCUGCAUCUCCUUGACAGAGGAGCAGUGGCUGAAUGAAGACAUGAUACUCAGGACCCUCCAGGUCACAUUCCAGAAGGAAUCCCGUUCUGUGCACCAGUUGCAAUAUAUGUCCUGGCCAGACCGCGGGGUCCCCAGCAGUGCUGACCACAUACUGGCCAUGGUAGAGGAAGCCCAUCGCCUCCAGAGAUCUGGCCCUGGACCACUCUGUGUCCAUUGCAGCGCGGGCUGCGGGCGGACCGGCGUUCUGUGCACGGUGGAUUACGUAAGGCAGCUGCUGCUGACCCAGAUGAUCCCACCUAACUUCAGCCUCUUCAAAGUGGUCCUGGAGAUGCGGAAGCAGCGACCCUCAAUCGUGCAGACAGAGGAGCAGUACCGGUUCCUGUACCACACGGUGGCUCAGAUGUUCCGCUCAGCGCUCCAGAACGCCAGCCCCCACUACCAGAACCUCCAGGAGAACUUCGUCCCACUCUACGACGACGCCCUCUCCCUCCGGACUUACCAGGGGCUUCUUGCCAUACCUCGCCCACCAGGCGAGGUCCUCAGGAGCAUCUCGGUGCCCGGGGCCCCGGCCCUCACCAUGACCGACACGUACGCGGUGGUGCAGAAGCGCGGGGCCCCAGCGGGUGCCGGGCCUGGGGCACUGGCGCGCAGCGCGGAGGAGGUGCCAAUUUACAGCCAGGUGACGCCGCGCGCCCAGCGGCCCGGGGCGCACACCGAGGACGCGCGAGGGACGCUGCCUGGAUGCGUCUCUGCUGACCAAAGCCCCGCCGCGUCUGGCGCCUACGAGGACGUGACGAAUGGAGCUCAGACCAAUGGGCUUGGCUUCAACCUGCGCAUUGGGAAGCCGAAGGGGCCCCGGGACCCCCCUGCGGAGUGGACCCGGGUGUGAGCGCUGCGCCACCUCCUGCCCUCUCUCCACAAGAGCCCCGGACUUCUGCUGACAGCCGUGCUCUGCUCUGCCUCACCUUGGGGAUGGGGACACUGGGCCUGGAUCAAAAUAAAACGUGGGGGCUUUGCCCUAAUGAUUACAGCA